AUGGAAGGACGAUUAAGCCAGACAAGCUCGCCGGUCCCAGAUGCUCUUGGGAAGUUCGAUGAUAUUCCAGGGUCAACUCCUAGAGAGCGGUUACAGAAUGCGCAUGCUAGGCUACGGGCCAGUGCUAGUGCUGUACCCAAUCCAAUUGCCAGCACAAGCGCCACUCCGUCGUCGGCAGGGGAUAUCGAUCCUGCGCCUGUUUCGUCAAUGCCAGAGGUGGCAUUACCACUGAGUGUUCGAGUGCACGAGGACCAUAUCCACCAACCUGGACAAGCGGAAGAGCAUUCUGCUGCAGCUGAUAUAGUCGUCCCGCCUUCUUUGAUCUUCCCGGAACAGGCAGGAAUGCACACAAUCCAACCUAGCGCGAUAUUUGACAAGGUAGAGAGUGUUGUACCCGGUUCCCUAAAACUCGGCCCUUCUGAGUUCGCAAUAAGCCUGCCGAUGGAUUCGAGGAGCAAAGACGAAUACGAGCGAGCUCUCGCAGAACACUCGCAUUCUACGAGACUGCUUCUUGGUGGAUUCAAAUCUGCCGAAGAGGCCAUGGUUUCUGAUACAGAGCAGCAGAGCCAGAUAUUAACAGAUGUUCGACUCUUGGUGGAGAAGCUUGACAACGUAGCAGUUCACACUGAUUUAAACAUCGCCGAACAUGUGAAGCAGUCGCAGUUUGAUCCUCAGAGGGAGGCCACAUGGGCCGAGUAUACGAGCGCCAAAUUCCUUUUCUUGGGUCAUCUCGUUGAAAUAGCCGGUGCUCAGGACCUGCACAUUGUUGUCAUUGCAAAGCGAGGUAAAGGUGUGGAACUUGUUGAGAGGUAUUUCCAAGGCAAAGGAUUCGUCCACACCCGGCCACGCGAUGAGAUGGGCGGUAAUGUUGAGUUGUCAAUGCAAAAUGGACCGCUGAGUGUCGGGAUACAUGCUACUCAACAUGAUGGUAUUGUGGAGACGUAUCGCCCGCCGGCGGUAAUCAUUGCGUUGGACUCUUCCUUUAACGCUUCAAAUCCGUCGGUAGAGCAUUUGAGGACCACCUACGCACGAAAUGGAAAUUUGCUUCCUGUUGUUCAUCUACUUAUAUCAAACAGCAGCGAGCAUAUUGAACGGUGUCUUCCUGAUCUCCCAGAUUCUCAAAAGUUGAGACUCCUUUUACAUAUCGUCCGUAGCCUACGAGACCUCCUAGGAGACCUUCAAGACAAUGCUUUGAGUGUCCAGGAAGAUGCCGAGGAGCUUUUCACUUACCUCCUGUCAGAGAAUUUCAACGCCAGCUGGUCUCUUCCGACCAUUGAGCCACUUCAUAUUCUCAUUUCAGAUGACUUGCAAUCAGAGGAUCCCUCUGGUGAGUCCAGUGCAAUGCAACCAUCCGCCUCUGCGCCAUCCAUGAACAAACGAUUGUUUGAUUCCAUGGACACAGAUACCCCGGACUUGAAGAGACAACGUUUGCACGUGUCACAGGAAGUCAGCCAGUUCACAGAGUCCAGUAGUGGCGCAAGCCAGAACUUGGACUUGAUUACAAAGUUGACGACUCUCGAAAAUCGAUUGAUUGAAAUGAAAUCUAACCACGCGGCCGAGCUUGAUCGUCUCCAGACUUUACUAUCUAAAGCCGAAGACCGGUCUAUGGAGAGAGGCAAGAGCUGGGAAUCACUACAGCACCGAUUCGAACACCGCACCAAGGAUCUCCACAAGACUCGACAGGAACGUGAUCAAUUAACAACAGAAAAGACGAAAAUUGAGCAAAAACUUACUCGCCAUCAAGAUGAGAUCACAAAACUCAAAGAUGAGCGAACACAGCUAAAACACGAUUUGGAAGCUGCUAGGAAUGAUUUAAAGUCUGAAGGCGGGUUCAAGGAGGAGCUCGAGAAUGCUCGUGAGGAAAUUCGUAAACUGACAUUGAGCAAUUCGAGCCUGGAGCGGAAAGCCGAGUACGAGAAGAAGCAAGCCGAGUAUACGCGAGAGCAAUACCAAAACGCAUCCAACGUCGCUGCGCAGUCGGCCAAUGAGAUCCGUCAACUAAGAGACGAGAACGCAGAGAUCAACAAGAAAAUUGCCGCUGAAACGGCCAAGUUGAAGGAAAUACGGAUAAAAAACGACGAGUUCAAGCAUGUAACGCGCAUCAAGGAGCUAGAGCAAGCCCUCGAAGCGCGCGAGACUUUGCUACGGCGCAAGGAGGAAGACCUGCGAAAUAUCCGAAACAAUCGUCCGGCGACGCGGGCGACAAGCACGCAACCCAGAAGUCCCAAAUGGGGGAAUGGCAGUCGUCCGACCAGCCCUGGCGUCAACAAUGGGCGCAUGAGCAACCUGCGUUUUAGUUCUGAAAUGUCUCUUUGA